AGCAGGAGCACACUGAUGGAGCCCUGUAAGGCUAUUGCAAGUGCUAAGCAAUGGUCAAUCGGUGCCUGCCUGUCCUUCCUGACCCACCACUUUCUCAGCUUGACUCUGAAUACUGAUCAUGGGGAUAUCUUGGUGGAUUAUUCGAAGAACCUUGUUACAGAAGAAGUCAUGAAGAUGCUGAUUGACCUGGCCAAGUCCCGGGGCAUUGAAAAUGCUAGGGAGCGAAUGUUCACGGGGGAGAAGAUCAACUUCACUGAGAACCGGGCUGUGCUUCAUAUUGCCCUGAGGAAUCGCUCCAAUGUUCCAAUAUUAGUUGAUGGCAAGGAUGUCACUCCAGAAGUGAACAAGGUGUUGGACAAGAUGAAACACUUUUGCCAGAAAGUUCGUAGUGGAGACUGGAAGGGCUACACUGGAAAGUCCAUGACUGAUGUGGUCAAUGUUGGCAUUGGUGGCUCAGACUUGGGCCCCCUGAUGGUGACUGAAGCACUGAAACCAUAUUCCAAGGGAGGUCCCCGUGUCUGGUUUGUGUCUAACAUCGAUGGUACUCAUAUGGCAAAAACCCUGGCUGAGCUUAAUCCUGAGACUACACUCUUCAUCGUUGCAUCUAAGACUUUCACCACCCAGGAAACUAUCACCAAUGCAGAAACAGCCAAAGAGUGGUUCCUCCAUGCUGCUAAUGAUCCUUCUGCGGUGGCCAAGCAUUUUGUUGCCUUGUCUACCAAUGGACCUAAAGUUAAAGACUUCGGAAUUGACACUGAGAACAUGUUUGAAUUUUGGGAUUGGGUUGGUGGCCGCUAUUCAUUGUGGUCAGCCAUUGGCCUCUCCAUUGCCCUGCAUAUUGGUUUUGACAACUUUGAGAAUCUGCUUGCAGGAGCCCACUGGAUGGACAACCACUUCCGCAGUGCCCCCCUGGAAAAGAACGUGCCUGUCCUGCUGGCCAUGUUGGGCGUCUGGUAUAUCAACUGUUACGGAACUGAAACCCAUGCCCUUCUGCCCUAUGACCAAUACAUGCAUCGUUUUGCUGCCUACUUCCAGCAAGGUGACAUGGAAUCCAAUGGUAAAUACAUUACCAAGAAAGGCAGUCGUGUGGAUUACAACACUGGCCCUAUUGUGUGGGGAGAACCUGGAACCAAUGGGCAGCAUGCCUUUUAUCAGCUGAUUCAUCAAGGAACUCGCAUGAUUCCCUGUGACUUCCUAAUCCCAGUCCAGACCCAGAACCCAAUCAGGAAUGGCUUGCAUCAUAAGAUCCUUCUGGCCAACUUCCUUGCCCAGACUGAGGCCCUGAUGAAAGGAAAGACUACUGAUGAGGCUCGUAAGGAACUGCAGGCUGCUGGCCUGAGUGGUGAUACUCUGGAGAAGCUUCUUCCCCAUAAGGUCUUUGAGGGAAAUCGCCCAACCAAUUCCAUUCUGUUUACAAAACUUAACCCAUUCAUUUUGGGAGCCCUAAUUGCUAUGUAUGAACACAAGAUCUUUGUUCAAGGAGUUGUGUGGGAUAUUAACAGCUAUGACCAGUGGGGAGUUGAGCUUGGAAAGCAGUUGGCGAAGAAAAUUGAACCAGAACUGGAUUCUGAUGCCCCUGUGACAUCUCAUGAUAGCUCAACAAAUGGGCUCAUUAACUUCAUCAAGAAGCAUAAAGCCUGAACUGAGAGAUGCAGAAGACACCGACAAUCUAUCCACCGAAAACCCAGAUCAAUGUUGUAGUCAUUGCUUUUUUGUUUUUAGCUAUUUUUAACCAAAAUAGCACUUCACAGCUGUAGCUUCUUCACUUUUUGCAGUUAAUCCUGUUCUGUCAAGUGCAUUAUAAAGGAAAGCUAGUUUUGUGAAACUCAGAGAUUGUAUAGUUGCUAUUUUUGUGAUUGUUAAACUGUAAAGUGCAGCUGGUGUAUCCCUCACUUCUCUCCCAGCUCCCUUUAAAGAUGAUCACAUGUUGAAAUUAGAAAAUAAAAGACACAGUGGACAGUAAAGCCUCUUUACUCUGUAUUUGAAUAGUGCUGGCCUAAUAGUGCUAGCCUCAUGAUUAUGUACAAGACCGGUACUGAGUAAACUAACUUCUGGUUGGUG